AUGAAGGCCAGUAGGGUUAGUGAUCCCGUCCCCUCUCCAACCUCGCUCCUGUUCCCGUCUCUGCACAUACUUCAUUAUUUUCCAGCUUUGAAAGAGGACUCAAAACAGCACACAACAUAACGGACUUAUCAGCCAGAUCUGAAUUUCUGAUUUCAGACAUUUUUUUCAUUAAAAGUUGGACCUCUACUCCUCAAGUUGGAUUUCUGUUCUUCCAGGCUCGGCUUAUUUGUAGCUUAUUUUUAACUAUUCGCUCUUAAUUUGGGUGUUUUUCACCUCCUGACUGUGUUUUAUUGUGGUCAGGUAAUAUGGCUCUUGCUGUCCUAAAUCCACAAGUGAAAAGUUCCCUAAGUGGGAGCGCAUUUUUUGAUCGCGGCUCUAUAGAGGAGCAAGGACCUCCACCUCCACUCCGUAGCUACCUUUGUUUGACUAUAUUCACCUGCUUCUGUCCUGCGUACCCUGUCAACAUUGUGGCCCUGGUCUUCUCUAUCAUGUCUAGAAACAGUUAUUAUCAUGGGGACUAUGAUGGGUCUAGGCGGCUGGGCAAGAACGCUCUCUAUGUUGCCAUUGCUUCCAUCAUCAUCGGUGUUCUCAUCGUCAUCAUCACCUGCGUUGUUCAUUUUACCACAAUGGAUUUUUAGUACUGUGGAAGUGGACACUUAACAGAAAAUACUAAGACUAAUGGCUGGACAUGCUGAACCUCUGCUGAUAUCUGGACUGGGGUCAGGUGGUUGGUUCAUACCACCUGCCAAUGAAAGGACUCAUGUUUAUUUCAAUCUGUAUAUCACUUCCUGUCAUUGUUUCCUGUUCUUUAUAUGGACAUCCAAGUGCUAUAAACAUGUGAUGAAUAUAUACAACAGUUCAGUAAUUAACUUCAAUGAUGCUUUGAAUUAAAAAUGGCAGCUUUCCAGAAGUGUGAGGAGAAUCCCACGUGAUUCCCUGUGUGACAAAAUGUAUUUUCACUGUUGUUUUUUAGCUUAAAAUAUUGCUAGAAGUAGAUUGAUGAUAAUGAUAAUGAGUGAGUAAAAUUCUUUGUUUGAAAUACUUAGCAAUAUCAUUGAUAUUUUGUGCUACAAAAUCUUUAUUACUUUUAUUAAUUAUCAUGAUAUUGUGUCUGUCUGUGGUAAAAAAAACAACAACAAAACAAUAAAAUAACUUUGUAUUUAA